AUGGCCAAAAUCAGCUCGCCCAUAAGCUCGCCCACGCUGGCCGCGACGACGGCGCAGUUCCGCAACCGCGUGCCCAUGCAGUUCCGACGCGGCAUUCCGCUCUACGCGGGCCUACUCGCCCUCAUCUUCCUCUUCUACAAUCUCGGCCUCUUCCACAACGGCUCGAGCCCGCCGCCCCAUCUGCGCACCUACAAGCGGCCGCCGCCCUCGCCCGGCUACGUGCCGCCCAAGGCCCGCAACGAGUUCCCCAAGAAGAUAUGGCAGACUUGGAAGGUCAACCCGCUGCGCUUCGAGGAGCGCGACCUCAACACGGCCCGCUCGUGGGUCAGCAAGAACCCCGACUACCGCUACGAGGUGCUCACCGACGGCAACGACCUGAACUACGUCGAGUUCCACUACGGGCCCGAGGGCUUCAACCGCCCCGACAUUGUUGACUUUUACCGCAGCGUCAGCGCCCCCAUCGUCAAGGCCGACCUGCUGCGCUACCUCAUCAUGUACGCCGAGGGCGGCCUGUACGCCGACAUCGAUGUCGAGGCCCUCAGGCCGCUGUCGAGGUUCAUCCCGGACCGCUACAACCACAACGACAUCGACAUGGUGAUCGGCAUCGAGAUUGACGAGCCCGACUGGCGCGACCACCCCAUCCUGGGGCCCAAGUCGCGCUCAUUUUGCCAGUGGACCUUUAUGUGCAAGCCGCAGCUGCCCGUCAUGAUGCGCCUGGUCGAGCAGAUCAUGAUGUGGCUGCACGACGUGGCCAAGGAGCAAAAGUGCGGCGUGUCCGACGUCAAGCUCGAUUUUGACCAGAUCAUCAGCGGCACCGGCCCGUCGGCCUUCACCAACGCCAUCAUCGCCGACAUGAACGAGCGUAAGACGGACAACCGCGCCCCCAUAAACUGGGACGUGUUCCACGACCUGACCGAGUCCAAGGUGGUCAGCCGCGUGCUUGUCCUCACCGUCGAGGCGCUGGCGGCCGGGCAGGGCCACUCGGACUCGGGCACGCACGACGCGCGCGCGGCGCUAGUACGCCACCACUACCACGCGUCCAACUGGCCCAGCCGCCACCCGCGCUACAGCCACCCGGCGUACGGCGAGGUGGAGAAGUGCAACUGGAACGACGAGUGCGUGCGCCGCUGGGACAAGGACGUGGCCGACUACGCCAAGAUGCCCGAGUCCGAGCAGAAGCGCAUCGUGGCCGAGAAGGAGCGCGAGAAGAAGGAGGCCGAGGAGAAGCGCAAGAAGGAGCGCGAGGACGCCGAGCGGAGGCGCCGCGAAGACGAGGAGCGCGAGCGCAAGAUAAAGGAGGACGAGCACGCCAAGGAGCGCGCCAGGGAGGAGGAGGCCAAGGUCAAGGAGAAUCAAAAGGCCGAGUCGGAAAAGGCAAAGGGGGGGAACAAGAAGGAAGAGUCCAAGCCAAAGAUAUGA